GUAAACACAUAUCUAUUGACUACAAUUAGACUUCUUCGUUUACUCUCUCUCUCUCUCUCUGACUUACACAUUUACUUAUCUUCUUCUCUCUGUCAACCUCCUUUGCUCUCUUCUCUCACUAUGAAGAGUUUCAACACCGAUCAACACGGUCACUCCGCGGCGGAAUCCGGCGACGUCUACGCCAUGUCCGAUCCAACAAAGAACGUUGAUGACGAUGGCCGAGAGAAGAGGACGGGGACGUGGCUUACGGCGAGUGCGCAUAUUAUCACGGCGGUAAUAGGCUCAGGAGUGUUGUCGUUGGCAUGGGCCAUAGCUCAGCUUGGUUGGAUAGCAGGGACUUUGAUUCUGAUCAUUUUCUCGUUUAUCACGUACUUCACUUCUACGAUGCUCGCUGAUUGCUACCGUGCGCCGGAUCCCCUCACCGGAAAACGAAACUACACUUACAUGGACGUUGUUCGAUCUUACCUCGGUGGUAGGAAAGUGCAGCUUUGUGGAGUGGCACAGUAUGGGAAUCUGAUAGGAAUCACUGUUGGGUACACCAUCACUGCUUCUAUUAGUUUGGUAGCGAUCGGGAAAGCGAACUGUUACCACAAUAAAGGGCACCAUGCAGAUUGUACAAUAUCGAACUAUCCAUAUAUGGCGGCCUUCGGGAUCAUUCAGAUCCUUCUUAGCCAGAUCCCCAACUUUCACAAGCUCUCUUUUCUCUCCCUUAUGGCUGCGGUUAUGUCUUUCGCUUACGCAAGUAUUGGGAUUGGCCUUGCCAUCGCGACGGUCGCAGGUGGGAAAGUGGGUAAGACGAAUAUGACGGGAACGGUGGUAGGAGUUGAUGUAACUGCGGCUCAGAAGAUAUGGAGAUCGUUUCAAGCGGUUGGAGACAUAGCGUUUGCAUAUGCUUACGCCACGGACACAUUGAGAUCUAGCCCCGCAGAGAACAAAGCUAUGAAAAGAGCAAGUUUUGUGGGAGUAUCAACCACCACUUUCUUCUACAUCUUAUGUGGUUGUCUUGGAUAUGCUGCAUUUGGAAACAAAGCCCCUGGUGAUUUCCUCACAGAUUUCGGAUUCUACGAGCCAUUUUGGCUCAUUGACUUUGCAAACGCUUGCAUUGCUUUCCAUCUCAUUGGUGCCUAUCAGGUGUUCGCGCAGCCCAUAUUCCAGUUUGUUGAGAAGAAAUGCAAUAGAAACUGGCCUGACAACAAGUUCAUCACAUCUGAAUAUUCAGUAAACAUACCAUUCCUUGGAAAAUUCAACAUCAACCUCUUCAGACUAGUGUGGAGGACAGCUUAUGUGGUUAUAACAACUUUAGUAGCUAUGAUAUUCCCUUUCUUCAACGCCAUCUUGGGUCUUAUCGGAGCAGCUUCCUUCUGGCCUUUAACUGUUUAUUUCCCCGUGGAGAUGCACAUAGCACAAACUAAGGUUAAGAAAUACUCUCCUAGAUGGAUUGGGCUGAAAAUGUUGUGCUGGGUUUGCUUGAUCGUCUCCCUGUUAGCUGCUGCUGGAUCCAUCGCUGGACUGAUAAGUAGUGUGAAGACAUACAAGCCCUUCCGGACUAUCCAUGAGUGAGUUUGAGAUCCAUGCAUGAGAGUGAAAAAAUGUAACAGUUUGGUAUUUUCUUUGUAACUGUUUGGUGUCUAAAAUCCAAAUGAAAAUAUUGUAUUGCUUAAAAAGCUACAUGAAUGUCUAUGUAUCAUCCACAACUUUCAGUGCAAUACAUAUGACCCAAUAAUAGCUUUUUCAAAUUUGAUUGAUCAUGUAUAAACCAUACGAACAUAGCCCAUGUCCGAAGAGAGACAAUGAAUCUCAUGUA